CGGGGAAGCUUUGGGGGUGUGAUCGUGGGUGCAGAGGCGUAUGCAGUGGUGCUGUACUUUGGCAUCAUUGAUAUCCUGCAGGAGUACGACUACACGAAGAAGGUGGAGCAUUUCUACAAGUCCAUUCAGUACGACAGCCACUCCAUCUCGGCCGUCGACCCGGCGCUCUACGCCUCGCGCUUCCAGGACUUCAUCAAGCUCACCUUCCCCACUGCUUGA